AUGGGUUCUGUUUUCCAUUCAUGGAGCAUUAGCUUCUUCUUGGUAACAUUAACAUCAGCAUUCGUCGGUACAUCCAUGGCCACAGGCUAUACUACCGUAUUCCGGCCAAGCCAAUGGUCUCUUGCUCAUGCCACCUUUUAUGGUGAUGAGACCGCCUCGGCAACUAUGGGAGGGGCUUGUGGGUAUGGAAACUUGUUUCAAAAUGGAUAUGGAACAGAUACAGCUGCAUUGAGCACAGUAUUGUUCAACAAUGGCUAUGCUUGUGGGACUUGCUACCAAAUAAUGUGUGCACAAUCCCCAUGGUGUUACAAAGAGGUAUUCGCCACAGUGACUGCUACUAAUCUUUGCCCUCCAAAUUGGAGUGAGGAUUCUAAUAAUGGUGGCUGGUGCAACCCUCCUCGUGUUCACUUUGACAUGUCCAAGCCUGCUUUCAUGAAAAUUGCCCAAUGGAAGGCUGGCAUUGUUCCAGUUAUGUACCGUAGGGUACCAUGCAUAAGACCAGGUGGGCUUAGAUUCUCAUUCCAAGGAAAUGGGUACUGGCUGUUGGUGUAUGUAAUGAAUGUAGGAGGAGCUGGUGACAUUGCCAACAUGUGGGUAAAGGGAACCAAAACAGGAUGGAUCUCCAUGAGCCAUAACUGGGGAGCUUCUUACCAGGCCUUUGCUAGCCUUGGAGGACAGGCAUUAUCUUUCAAGAUAACUUCAUAUACAACUAAGGAGACUAUUUGUGCUUGGAAUGUUGCUCCUGCAAACUGGAAUGUGGGGUUGACUUAUAACACAAAUGUGAACUUCCGUUGA